AUUGGUUGAGUGGUUAAGAGCAGUUGAAGAAAGAAUGUCUCUUCCCCCCACUCAAGCCUUGUGUGAUCAUAUUAAAAGCCUUAAAAAGCUAAACAAUAAUUCCAUCACUCAUCAACAAGCUCAAUCCCCACCCAUUCCUCGAUCCAAUUCCGAUAUCCAGUUUUGGCGUUGUUCAGCGAUGAGAGAGCCGAAAAGCUCAAAGCCGUGGCGGCCCUUCACGGCCAAGUACUGCUGCUCGGCCGAGGAUCAGACAAUAUUCGGCCGGUGCCGCCCCUCGAAGUCGGAGUUCUCCAAGAACAUUGCCCCUAUGCCUUCCUUCAGGCGGCUCUCAUUCUCGGACCUGAGCCACUCGUCCUCGACCCGGAUCAACGAGGACCUGGCCCAGUCGUUCGGGCCGGACCUGUACGACUUUCAGCUGAGCGAGCUGCGGGCCAUAACUCAGAACUUCUCUAGCCACUUCCUGCUCGGGGAAGGCGGGUUUGGGACCGUCCAUAAGGGUUAUAUUGAUGAGAACCUGAGGCAGGGGCUGAAGGCUCAGGCUGUGGCGGUCAAGCUCCUGGACAUUGAAGGUCUUCAAGGUCACAGAGAGUGGCUUGCAGAGGUGAUAUUUCUCGGGCAGCUUAGGCACCCACAUUUGGUUAAAUUGAUCGGAUACUGCUGUGAGGACGAAGAACGACUCCUCGUUUACGAGUUCAUGCCUCGAGGCAGCUUGGAGAAUCACUUGUUCAAGAGGAUCUCGAUAUCGUUGCCGUGGGGAACGAGACUAAAGAUAGCGAUAGGAGCAGCUAAGGGGCUGGCCUUCUUGCAUGGUGCAGAGAAGCCAGUCAUAUACAGGGACUUCAAGACCUCCAACAUAUUGCUUCACUCUGAUUUUACGGCGAAACUGUCGGAUUUUGGGCUAGCCAAGAUGGGGCCAGAAGGUUCAAAGUCGCAUGUCACUACCCGAGUGAUGGGUACCUAUGGAUAUGCUGCCCCAGAAUAUGUCUCAACCGGACACUUGACCACCAAAAGCGACGUUUACAGUUUCGGAGUGGUGCUAUUGGAGCUGCUGACGGGGAGGAGGGCGGUGGACAAGACCAGGGCAAAGACCGAGCAGAACCUGGUCGACUGGGUCCGCCCCUACCUGACCAGCAGCAGGAGGCUGAGGUGCAUCAUGGACCCUAGGUUUGCAGGGCAGUACUCCAUAAAAGGGGCUAAGGAAAUGGCUCUCUUGGCCCUUCAGUGCAUAAGCUUAAAUCCUAAGGACAGGCCCAAAAUGCCCUCCAUUAUUGAGACACUUGAAGGGCUCCAGAAUUUGAAGGACAUGGCUGUUAGCUAUGGGCAGUGGUCUGCCACCCCAAAAUCCGCCAAAGUCAAUGGAGUUUCUCCUAGUAAGGGAGGGCAUCAUCGGAAACCUUCUCCGGUGACUCCGACUAAGAAGGCAUGACAAUGGCAGAAAAUUGGCCGGGAGACUGAAAUUCAAUCGAUCUGGGUUUGGUGUGAUUAUGUUGGAUUGAAGGAAUUAAAACAGGCAUCUCCAAGAGUAGAGUCGUGUGUACGAGUAAUCGUGGUAAUUUAGUUCAUGAAAACAUGGCAGUUUGUUGCCUCUGUAUAUAUCUAUAUCAUAUAGUAUAUAAUGUAUAUAUACGACUGGGGAAGAAACCGUUGGGAGUGUAAAAUAAAGCCUCUCAUAUGAAAAUGCAGGAACGAAUUCCAAUUAUCGGAAUCGGAACUACCUU